AUGUCUUCUUUCGGCAAGCUUUACACCUACGCGGGCAACCCCCGUACCACCGCCCUGCUGGCCGUCGCAAAGGCCAACAACCUCAACCUUGACAUUGUUCACACCGAGCCUGCCAAGGGUGUCGACACCGAGUACCUCAAGCUCAACAAGCUCGGCAAGGUCCCCACCUUCGAGGGCACUGACGGCUACGUCCUCACCGAGUGCAUUGCCAUCGCCAUCUACCUCACCUCCCAGAACGAGAAGACCACCCUCCUCGGCAAGACCAAGCAGGACUACGCCUCCAUCCUCAGAUGGAUGUCCUUCGCCAACACUGAGGUCCUUACCGCCCUUGGUGGCUGGUUCCGCCCUUUGAUUGGCCGUGACCCCUACAACAAGAAGUCCGUCGAGGAUGCCCAGAAGGCCACCGCCAAGGCCGUCGGUGCCCUCGAGGACCACUUCCUCGUCAACACCUACCUCGUUGGUGAGCGCCUCACUCUUGCCGACCUCUUCGCUGCCGGCAUCAUCUCCCGUGGCUUCCAGUACUUCUUCGACAAGGAGUGGCGCAGCAACAACCCCAACGUCACCCGUUGGUUCGAGACUGUCACCAACCAGUCCAUCUACUCUGACGUCGCCGAGAAGCUCGAGUUCAUUGAGAAGGCCAUCCCCAACGUCGCCCCCAAGAAGGAGGCCGCCCCCAAGGCCGAGAAGCCCAAGGAAGCCCCCAAGCCCAAGGCUGCUGAGGCCGAGGAGGAGGCUGCCCCUGCCCCCAAGCCCAAGCACCCUCUUGAGGCUCUCGGCCGCCCGACCUUCGUCCUUGACGAGCUGAAGCGCAAGUACUCCAACGAGGAGACCCGCGAGGUCGCCCUUCCCUGGUUCUGGGAGAACGCCAACUUCGAGGAGUACUCCCUCUGGAGAAUGGACUACAAGUACAACGAUGAGCUCACCAUGACCUUCAUGACCUCCAACCUCAUCGGUGGUUUCUUCACCCGUCUUGAGGCUUCCCGCAAGUACAUCUUCGGUGCCGCCUCCGUUUACGGCUCCUCCAACGACUCGAUCGUUCGUGGUGCCUUCCUCGUCCGCGGUCAGGAGGCUCUCCCUGCCUUCGACGUCGCCCCUGACGUCGAGUCUUACGAGUUCACCAAGCUCGACCCCAAGAACCCUGAGGACAAGAAGUUCGUCGAGGACAUGUGGGCCUGGGAUGCUCCCAUCCAGCCUGAGGGCAAGGAGUGGGCCGAUGGUAAGGUCUUCAAGUAA